AUGGGUGUUCCGAAGUUCUUUAGAUAUACCAGUGAGAGGUACCCCUGUCUUAAUGAAUUGGUGAAGCAAUAUCAGAUACCUGAUUUUGACAAUAUGUAUCUGGACAUGAAUGGAAUUAUUCACAAUUGCUCCCAUCCUGAUGACUCCAAUCCACACUUUCGUAUCACUGAAGAGAAGAUAUUUAAGGACAUAUUUCAUUACCUUGGAACUCUGUUCCAAAUCAUCAAGCCAAAGAAACUGUUCUUUAUGGCUAUUGAUGGAGUGGCUCCCAGAGCAAAAAUGAACCAACAGAGAGGUAGAAGAUUUAGGUCUGCUCGUGAGGCAGAAAAAUUAGAAGAGGAAGCCAUUGCUAAAGGUGAGGUCUUGCCAAAGGAGAAGUUUGAUAGCAACUGCAUUACACCAGGAACAGUAUUUAUGGCCCGUUUACAUGAGCAACUGAAAUACUUUGUUAAACUUAAGAUGUCUACAGAUCCCCUCUGGUCUAAAGUAAAAGUUAUUCUCUCUGGACAUGAGACACCAGGAGAGGGUGAACAUAAAAUCAUGGACUACAUACGGUGGGCGCGCUCGCAACCUGAUUACGACCCUAACACUCGGCAUUGUCUAUAUGGACUGGACGCCGAUCUCAUCAUGUUGGGCAUGUGUACCCAUGAGCCACACUUUGCUCUGUUGAGAGAAGAG